AGUUCCUCACCGUGAACCGAAGCUGAAGCAAACUUUCCCUCCUGGUUUCUUUCCUAGCGGUCCACACUCGUCACCGACACGCUGCAAACCGGGCCAGGCUCCUCUCAGACCCGCUCCAGAUCAGCCCCCCCACUCCGCUGUCCCGACAGUUAGUCCAGAUGCGGUGGUUUUCAGGUGGUAAAACCCGCACCGUGUUCCUCUACCUGACACCAGAAGCGCUGCUGUGGGCGGGGUGGCCAGUGGUAGGCAAACAAGGAAGUGACGCCAUCACGUUGCGCUCUUAAAGCGAACGUCAGGAAGGCGGAACCCGAACAGGCGGGUCUGUGUUUCUGGAGGAACUUCGGAGUAAGUUAGUUUGACAGCAGGUUCUGGGGUAGCAAUGUUGUGACGGCGAGCAGGUCUGUUAGAUUCACCUGUUAAGACUCUUUAAAACCUGCAGAGAUGGUCUCCACGAUCCUGAACACCGACGUGAAGCAGAAAGAUGCUGAUAUUGCAGUGGUGGUCGCUGUAACAUCUCGCGCACUGUUUGAAUGUGAAGCUGAUGAUGAUGGUGGCGAUGACGUAUACGGAGUGGGUUUGGCUUUCCCACUGCUGAAGGCGCUUCAUAGAGUGAAUGAACGUCUGCUGGAGCAAAAUCCUGCCGAAUCGCUGCUGUUUGACGUCAUCCUGAUCACCACUGACAGCCAGCAACAGCAGCAGAGCUCCCGCAUCAUCUCCAGCACCAGACAUUACGGCCUCGAUGUCGGCAGGUUCUGUUUUGCCAGCGAGGAGGAUUUCAUUGAGAGUUUACUGAAAAAUAACGUGCAGCUCUUCCUGACAACAGACCGAAACGAGGCGCCGCAGGCAUCACAGAAUGGUGUUCUCUCGGUGAUGCUGGACCAGCAGAUAGCUUCCUGUCCGUCAGAGCAGCUCAGAGUCAUGUUCUGCGGGGACGCCAUCAUCCGGCCCGACGCUGGCCCGAGCCAACAGGCCUCUCAGAGUUUCUCAUCUCAGCUGGGCGAGAUGCGGCGGAGGUUCGGCAUGUUGGACACCCCUCUCAGCAUCAUCCUGGUGACGUCGUGUGGCGGGAGGGAAAGCUGUGGCAGCGCCCUGCGGACGCUGCGGUCCCACGGCGUGAGCGUAGAUGAGGCAUACAGCCUGGCCGGGUCCCCGCGGGGUCCCAUCCUUUCCCUUCUCCGACCUCACUUCCUGCUCAGUGACCGCUUCAUCGGCCUGGACGAGUGAUGACAUCAUGAAGGGAUGUAUUGUCACAUGACUUCACAAAAAACUUCAGUGUCUUUGAAACAAGCUGCCAAAUCCUCGGAAGUUAAACUAAAUUGAACCAUUUCUGACCCGUAAGGCUUCUGAGCAGAGGCUGCUUGUCUUCUUCAGUUUCAUCACUUCAAUUAAUUUUAAAGUUUAUGUUGUUGAUUUAGAAACCUUAUGCUUCGUUGUCUGUUAUUUUGUGUUUACUUGCAGAUGUCUUUGAUUAUCGUGUAUAUUUAAAACAGUCCACAGCUUCUGCUACUCCGUUACUAAGUAUUAGUAAGCUCAGUAUCUUAGUUCAGGAUUAUAUUUACUGGCUUCUCCAGGUGUUUAACCCCACUAGAUGCAUCUCUGCUAAUUUGCUAAUUCUGUGUUUUAAAACAGACUGAAAACAUGUUUGCAGUAUCUUUUUAUUUUCUGAAACACUGUAUGUUAAACCUGUGAGAUAUUAGAGAACCCCAGAACUCCCGAAAGAUAAUAUUUUUGUGCAGAACGUCCAUCUCAAUAUGCACAUGUAGUCUGGUUACAAGGAUUAGGAAGUUCCACAUAUAAAACAUUGCAAAGGAAAA